CCUUGGUACAAAAGAUAACUGCUAACCCGAGAUUACCUCAAGAUACCCGACGGGUACCCUAACCUCGUCGGAGUGUCGUUCUCUAAUCGUCAUCAUCUAUAUUUCUUUCGUUCUCAUUCUUCACAUUAUUAUUAUUAUUAUUAUUAUCAUUCUAUCAUAUACUAAUGCGCUAUCGUUGAUAGAGGUGGUUAUAAUCACAGGGUACCGGUGUCUCUACCUAAGAGUACGCAAGCCUGUCGUAUGAUAUGAUGUGCCCUGAGAGUACCCAGUGUUAGAUAGAGAGCACGGACGACGAAUUGGGAGGAUUGCAACAUACCGAGUUCCGAUCACAACAUUUGUAAAGACUUUGCGAGAUGAUAACCCCUACAACACUCCCGCAGAGUCUUCUUCUGCUAUUGCUUCUAGCUGUCGCCCCUUCAACCGCAGUCCCUUCACAAUGGCAGCCAGCUGGACAAGUGGUGUUGCACCAGCAAUCCGUUUCAGGGAAGCGAGGCGCUGUCGCUUCUGAGAGUAAAAUCUGUAGUCAACUUGGUAUCGACCUCCUCGAUCAAGGUGGAAAUGCCAUUGAUGCCUUUGUCGGAACUCAGCUAUGUGUUGGUGUCAUCGGCAUGUAUCAUUCGGGAAUCGGUGGCGGUGGAUUUGGUCUCGUCCGGGACAGCAACGGCAACUACACCGUCAUCGAUUAUCGCGAAUCCGCUCCUAGCGCGGCUUUCGAGGAUAUGUAUCAAGGUAAUGUGAUGGGCAGUGUGCACGGUGGGCUUUCCGUGGGAGUACCGGGCGAGCUGCGAGGUCUCGAAUAUGCGCAUAAGAAGUUCGGCUUACUGCCUUGGAAGUCUGUUGUGCAACCAGCCGCCUCUGUUGCGCGCCGCGGAUUCCCGGUUUCCGAGGAUCUGGUACGUUACAUGGAGUUCGGCCUCGAAAUGAGCGGCUGGAAUUUCUUGGUCGAAGAUCCCUCGUGGGCUCAAGACUUCGCUCCGAAUGGGGCUUUGGUAAAGUUAGGUGAUACCAUGACUAGAAAACGCUAUGCAAAGACCCUAGAGCAAAUAGCUGAUUAUGGUGCCGACGCAUUCUAUACCGGCCCAAUGGCUGAGGCGACGAUCAAGCACAUCCAGAAAUACAAUGGAACCAUGACCCUAGAAGACAUGUCUAACUAUGAGGCCAUCAUCCGUGAGCCCGUCAACAUCUCGUACCGCGGCUUCAAGCUUUUCUCGUCAGGCGUACCCAGCAGCGGCGCCGUCUGUCUCAGCACACUAAAGACGAUGGAGGGCUACGACGCUUCGGACGUAGCUGCUGACCCUAAUGUCACGCUCCACCGCUUCGACGAGUCGAUGCGUUUCGCGUACGGCGCCCACCAGGCCCUCGGCGACCCGGCCUUCGUCUCCGGCAUGUCGCCGCUCGAGGAGACUAUGCUGGACGAUGCGCAUGCCGAGUCGAUACGCCGGCGCAUUCGCGACGAUAAAACACAACCUAUUGAAAACUACGACCCGCCGCGUAUCUACGUUCCCGAAAGCCACGGCACCUCGCACAUCUCGACGGCGGAUUCCUCGGGUGCCGCCGUAUCGUCUACCACCACUGUUAACCUACUUUUUGGUAGCUUGCUUAUGGUCCCCGAGACAGGCGUCGUACUCAACGAUGAGAUGAACGACUUCUCUAUCCCUGGCGUACGUAACGAGUUUGGCUACGCACCCAGCCCAGCCAACUACAUCCGUCCGGGGAAACGUCCACUCUCCUCCAUCACCCCCGUCAUCGUCGAGUGGCUCGACGCUUCCACCUCAACCGCCAUCCCGCUCCUUGCAGCCAUCGUUGGUGCUGCCGGUGGAUCCCGUAUUAUCAGCUCGACGACGCAAGUUUUAUGGCACAUGUUAGAGCGUGGGCUCUCCGUAAACCACGCCGUAGCCGUACCGCGGUUCCACGACCAGUUGAUGCCGAACCAAGUCGUCUUCGAGUAUACCUUUGACAACACGACUGUGGCCAGCAUGUUAGAGAAGGGACAUAACGUGACGUGGGUGCGCGAAGGGUAUAGCGCCGUCCAAGCCAUUAGCGUCGAUGAAGAUGGUGUGUUUGAGGCUUCAGGCGAGACAAGGCAGAGAAAUAGUGCUGGGUUGACCUUGUAGACGUUUUCCUACUGCCUACCUGCUAUACGUUAGGUUUGGUACCUAUAUACGUUACCGUGUGUUUUUGAUAGAGUUACGUUAUGAUAUAACUACCAUUUAUAACUUACAUUAUUACCUAGAUAAAUAUUGAUCCAAGUCUUCAAAAU